GCGGGAGUGGGGGGGCACUCCCGGGGGCGGCGGUUGCCCGGAUGGGCCGUUAGUCGGAGCCUAGCCGCGGAGUGAGCGAGGGAGACGGGAGGAGCCGAACCCGGCGCCAUCCGCCGCCAUCCGCCCCCGCCCCACCGCCAUCCCGCCCCGGGGAGCCGCUAAACCCGGGCCCCAGACCCCCGCGCACCCGGCCAGGCUCCGGCACGUUUCGGGGGAGGUGCCUGCAGGACCCAACGUACUCAAUGAGCUUCCAGCGCAAUGUCCGAUCGCUCGGGGCCGACUGCCAAGGGGAAGGAUGGAAAGAAGUAUUCCUCGCUCAACCUGUUUGAUACGUAUAAGGGCAAGUCCUUAGAGAUCCAGAAACCCACUGUUGCCCCUCGCCAUGGCCUACAGAGUCUCGGGAAAGUUGCCAUUGCCCGGCGUAUGCCACCCCCAGCCAACCUUCCAAGCCUGAAAGCCGAGAACAAAGGCAAUGACCCCAAUGUCUCACUAGUCCCGAAAGACGGAACAGGAUGGGCAAGCAAGCAGGAGCAGUCCGACCCCAAGAGUUCCGAUGCCUCAACUGCUCAGCCGCCGGAAUCGCAGCCACUGCCGGCUUCACAGACGCCUGCCUCCAACCAACCGAAACGACCGCCGACAGCCCCCGAGAACACUCCUUCGGUUCCAAGCGGGGUAAAGUCCUGGGCACAGGCCAGCGUCACGCAUGGAGCACACGGAGAUGGUGGAAGGGCAUCAAGCCUACUGUCGCGAUUCUCUCGAGAGGAAUUUCCGACCCUGCAGGCGGCUGGCGACCAGGACAAGGCUGCCAAGGAAAGGGAGUCUGCCGAACAGUCGUCUGGGCCCGGACCAAGCCUCCGCCCCCAGAAUUCUACAACUUGGAGGGACGGAGGUGGGCGUGGCCCUGAUGAGCUGGAGGGCCCUGACUCCAAACUUCAUCAUGGUCAUGAUCCCCGAGGGCCACUGCAGCCUUCGGGCCCACCCCAGUUCCCUCCCUACCGCGGAAUGAUGCCGCCUUUCAUGUAUCCCCCAUACCUCCCGUUCCCUCCGCCCUAUGGACCCCAGGGGCCUUACAGAUACCCCACUCCUGAUGGGCCGAGCCGUUUCCCCCGUGUGGCAGGUCCUCGAGGCUCAGGGCCACCAAUGCGCCUUGUAGAGCCUGUGGGUCGGCCAUCUAUUCUCAAGGAGGAUAAUCUCAAAGAGUUCGACCAGUUGGACCAGGAGAAUGAUGACGGCUGGGCAGGGGCCCAUGAGGAGGUCGACUACUCUGAAAAGCUCAAGUUCAGCGAUGAGGAAGACGGGCGAGAUUCCGAUGAGGAGGGAGCUGAGGGCCGCAAGGACUCCCAACCAGCUGCUGGUGAGGAACGGCCCCCUGAAGCAGAUGGCAAAAAGGGCACCUCUCCUGGCAGCGAAAUGCCCCCUCCCAAGACGGCCUGGGCAGAGACCUCUCGGCCUCCAGACACAGAGUCGGGGCCUCCUGCCCCAAAGCCUCCCCCACCCCCACCUCACCGGGGCCCCGCCGGGAACUGGGGCCCGCCUGGGGACUACCCAGAUCGCGGGGGUCCACCCUGCAAGCCCCCUGCACCAGAGGACGAGGAUGAGGCCUGGCGCCAGCGGCGAAAGCAGUCUUCAUCUGAGAUCUCCCUAGCCGUGGAGCGGGCCCGGAGACGGCGCGAGGAGGAGGAGCGGCGCAUGCAGGAGGAGCGCCGGGCCGCCUGUGCCGAGAAACUCAAGCGUCUGGAUGAAAAGUUUGGGGCCCCUGACAAGCGGCUCAAAGCAGAGCCUGCUGCCCCACCUGCUGCUGCCCCUCCUACACCGCCUGCAGUCCCCAAGGAGCUCCCAGCACCGCAGGCACCAGUCCCUGUACCAGCCCCGACGCCAGAGAAAGAACCUGAGGAGCCAGCGCAGGGCCCUCCUCCUGCCCAGCCCACUCCCAGCCCAGGUGUGGCUCCCGCUCCCGCUCCGGCGAGCGGUGGUAGCACUACCAGUAGCACCAGCAGUGGCAGCUGCGAAGCCAGCCCAGUGCAACCCCAGCUGCCGUCAAAAGAAGGACCUGAACUGCCAGAAGAGGUUCCUCCACCUUCUACACCUCCAACCCCAAAAGUGGAACCUAAGAGUGAUGGGGUUGGCCCUCCCCGGCAGCCCCCAAGCCAGGGGCUAGGCUACCCCAAAUAUCAGAAGUCGUUGCCGCCUCGUUUCCAGCGACAGCAGCAGGAGCAGCUCCUGAAGCAGCAGCAGCAGCAGCAGUGGCAACAGCAUCAACAGGGCUCUGCUCCUCCUGCCCCAGUGCCCCCGUCGCCACCACAGCCGGUGACCCUGGGGGCUGUGCCAGCCCCACAGGCUGCGCCACCUCCGCCCAAGGCCCUGUACCCUGGUGCUCUGGGCCGGCCCCCACCCAUGACUCCGAUGAACUUUGAUCCCCGUUGGAUGAUGAUUCCGCCUUACGUGGACCCCCGGCUGCUCCAGGGCCGGCCUCCUCUGGACUUCUACCCUCCUGGUGUGCACCCCUCUGGCCUAGUUCCCCGGGAGCGCUCAGACAGUGGGGGCUCCAGCUCAGAGCCAUUUGAGCGCCACGCACCCCCUCUCCUACGGGAACGAGGAACUCCACCGGUGGAUCCAAAGUUGGCCUGGGUGGGGGAUGUGUUCGCCACCCCACCCACAGACCCGCGCCCACUCACCUCGCCGCUGCGCCAGACGGCGGACGAAGACGACAAGGGGCUGCGGAGUGAGACCCCUCCAGUGCCUGCCCCGCCGCCUUACCUGGCCAGUUAUCCCGGCUUUGCAGAGAACGGAACCCCUGGGCCUCCCCUGUCACGAUUCCCUCUGGAGGAGCCAGCUCCCCCCGGACCCCGUCCACUCCCCUGGCCCCCUGGCAAUGAAGAGGCUGCCAAGAUACAAGGUCCACCACCCAAGAAGGAGCCCCCCAAGGAGGAGCCUGCACCGCCGCCAUUGCCAGAAGCAGGCCGCAAGCCCACCCGUGGCGUUGGGGGCCAGGGCCCUCCACCACCACGCAGAGAAAGCCGCACUGAGACGCGCUGGGGCCCCCGCCCGGGGAGCAGUCGCCGUGGGAUCCCCCCUGAGGAGCCAGGCGCCCCUCCCCGCCGAGCCGGGCCUAUCAAAAAGCUGCCACCACCCGCAAAAGUUGAAGAACCACCUCCUAAACCCCUGGAGCAAGGGGAUGAGACCCCCAAAGCCCCAAAGCCAGAUCCACUGAAGAUGGCCAAAGGGAAGAUGGGGCCCAAGGAGACCCCACCCGGUGGGAACCUGUCUCCUGCACCGCGGCUUCGGAGGGACUACUCCUACGAAAGAGUGGGUCCCACCUCUUGCCGAGGUCGGGGCCGAGGAGAGUAUUUUGCCAGAGGAAGGGGUUUUCGGGGGACCUAUGGGGGGCGGGGGCGGGGAGCCCGAAGCCGCGAGUUCCGCAGUUACCGGGAGUUCCGUGGGGAUGAUGGGCGUGGAGCGGGGACAGGGGGACCGAGCCACCCCUCUGCUCCCCGAGGCCGCACUGCCAGUGAGACCCGAAGCGAGGGUUCAGAGUAUGAGGAAAUCCCCAAGCGGCGUCGGCAGCGAGGCUCGGAAACGGGCAGCGAGACACAUGAGAGUGACCUGGCCCCUUCAGACAAGGAGGCGCCCCCACCCAAGGAGGGUGCGCUCGCCCCGGUCCCCCUUGGCCCACCCCUUCUGAGCGUACCCCCAUCACCAGCCCCGGCCCGCUUCCCUGCUGCCCGGGGUGGCCGGGUCUUCACCCCAAGAGGGGUGCCAUCACGUCGGGGCCGGGGAGGCGGGCGCCCCCCUCCUGCCUGUCCAGGCUGGAGCCCUCCAGGCAAGUCCCUGGUUCCAAAGAAACCUGCAUCGGGCCCUCUCCCCCUGAGUAAGGAGCCCACGAAGGAGAAGCUGAUCCCGGGGCCUCUGUCUCCUGUGGCCCGCGGAGGUGGCAGCUUGGGCACCGUCGAAGAUGGGGAGCGACCACGCCGGCGGCGGCACGGCCGGGCUCAGCAGCAGGACAAACCACCUCGGUUCCGGAGGCUGAAGCAGGAGCGGGAGAGUGCUGCCCGGGGGGCUGAGGGCAAGCCCUCCCCGCUGGCUCUUCCAGCCUCUGCUCCUGGACCCGAGGAGCCUUCGGCCACGGUCCCAGGGGCCGCGCUGCCUCGCCGGGCAGCUGCCAAGUCUCCCGAUCUGUCGAACCAGAACUCUGAUCAAGCCAACGAGGAGUGGGAGACUGCGUCGGAAAGCAGUGACUUCGCCAGUGAGCGCCGGGGUGACAAGGAGGCGCCCCCGCCAGCGCUUCUGACCUCGAAGGCUGUGGGGGCCCCUGCGGGCGGUGCAGGUGCUGCGGGGCCGGGCCUCUCUGCAGUGUCCCGCGGAGACCUGAGCCAGCGAGCCAAGGACCUGAGCAAGCGGAGCUUCUCCAGUCAGAGGCCUGGCAUGGACCGGCAGAACCGGCGCCCGGGCCCCAGCAGCAAGGCUGGUGGCGGCAGUGGUGGCAGUGGUGGAGGUCCUGGGGCAAGGACGGGACCAGGAAGAGGGGACAAGAGGAGCUGGCCCUCGCCCAAGAACCGGAGCCGCCCUCCAGAGGAGCGUCCCCCAGGGCUCCCUCUGCCUCCCCCGCCCCCCAGCAGCUCUGCUGUCUUUCGUCUGGACCAAGUUAUCCACAGCAACCCCGCUGGCAUCCAACAGGCUCUGGCCCAGCUGAGCAGCCGCCAGGGGAGCAUUGCAGCACCAGGGGGCCACCCGAGGCCCAAGCCUGGGCCGCCUCAGGCCGCUCAGGGCUCAGCCCCUCGGCUCCCGACCCAAUUUGACCCCCCGAGACCCCCCGGGGACAGCAGCUCAGAGCCCCACUUGGAGGAGGCAGGGCCAGUGGCAAGGGAGGCAGGCAGGGUGCCUCCAGACUCCGCCCCGGCGAAUCCCUUUCCUCACAAAUGGCGGGAGCGGCCGCCUCAGAAACCGGAGCUGCUGCAGGAGGAGCCUCUGCCUGCUUCUCAUAGUUCUGUGUUCUUGGGCUCCAAGCCUGAGGCCCCAGGCCCUCAGGGAGACUCCAGAGAUGCGAGUACCGAGGCCCUGACACCCCACCUCUGGGACCGGUUACACACUGCCACCAGCCGGAAGAACUACCGGCCUGGCUCUGUGGAGCCCUGGAUGGAGCCUCUGAGUCCCUUUGAGGACGUGGCUGGCACAGAGAUGAGUCAGUCUGACAGUGGGGUGGACCUGAGUGGGGAUUCUCAGGUGUCAUCAGGUCCCUGCAGCCAGCGAAGUUCCCCUGACGGAGGACUCAAGGGGCCAGCGGAGGGACCCCCCAAGCGGUCUGGAGGCCCCUCGCCCCUGAGUGCCGUUCCUGGUGAGGGUCCACCUGGCUCUGAACCCUCGGAACCUCCUAGGAGACGGGCGCCCACCCCCCACGAUGCGGAUAGAAAGGAGCUGCCCCGGGAGCAGCCUCUGCCCCCCGGCCCCAUAGGCACAGAACGAUCACAGCGGGCAGACAGAGGGCCAGAGCCAGGACCUCUGCGGCCGGCCCACAGGCCUGGUCCUCCAAUCCAGCUGAGCACAAGCGACAAGGACUCAGACCUGCGCCUGGUGGUGGGAGACAACUUAAAGGCGGAGAAGGAGCUCCCGGCGUCAGCCCCCGAGGCCAUUCCGAUACCUCGGGACUGGGAGCUGCUCCCCGGUGGAUCUGCUGCAGCUGAGCCGCAGGCCAAGAGCGUGGGCUCUGGGCAUUGUGGCCCGGAGCCCAGCUCCUCUGGCCAGCGCCUGUACCCAGAGGUCUUCUACGGCAGCCCUGGGCCUCCCAGUUCUCAGGUCUCUGGGGGAGCCAUGGACUCUCAGUUACACCCCAACAAUGGGAGCUUCCGCCCUGGCACGCCCUCGCUGCACCCUUACAGGUCCCAGCCCCUCUACCUGCCCCCAGGCCCGGCUCCCCCCUCGGCACUGCUCUCCGGGGUCGCUCUCAAGGGCCAGUUUCUGGAUUUCUCAGCGCUGCAAGCAACAGAGCUGGGGAAGUUGCCAGCCGGAGUUCUGUACCCUCCGCCUUCCUUCCUCUACUCUCCAGCUUUCUGCCCCAGCCCUCUGCCGGACCCACCCUUGCUUCAGGUACGCCAGGACCUACCAUCCCCUUCGGACUUCUACUCUACUGCUUUGCAGCCUGGUGGACAAAGCGGCUUCCUUCCUUCGGGGGCCCCUGCCCAGCAGAUGCUGCUGCCCAUGGUGGACUCUCAGCUGCCCGUGGUGAACUUCGGCGCGCUGCCCCCUGCGCCGGCCCCUGCGCUGCCCCCGCUCUCGCUGCUGCCCGUGGGCCCCGCUCUGCAGCCUCCCAGCCUGGCCGUGCGGCCCCCACCCGCACCUGCAGCUCGGGUGCUGCCUUCACCUGCCAGGCCCUUCCCCCCGAGCUUGGGGCGCACAGAGCUGCACCCAGUGGAACUAAAGCCGUUCCAGGAUUACAGAAAGCUGAGCAGCAACCUUGGGGGAUCUGGGUCAUCACGUACUCCCCCAGCUGGAAGGUCCUUCUCUAGUCUCAGUUCCCGUCUCAAGGCCCCGCCUUCCACCUAUAGCGGCGUGUUCCGCACCCAGCGCAUCGACCUCUACCAGCAGGCCUCCCCGCCAGAUGCCCUGCGCUGGAUCCCGAAGCCUUGGGAGCGGACAGGCCCACCUGCUCGAGAGGGACCUUCCCGAAGGGCAGAGGAGCCUGGGUCCCGAGGGGACAAGGAGCCUGGAUUGCCCCCACCGCGCUGAGGGCAUCCCCUGCCCCCGCCCCUGGGGCUUGUAUAUAGACUAUAAAUAUAUAAGGGGGAGAGGGGCGGGUGGGGAGGGCUUGUGGGGCUGGAGCCUCGCUUCCCCUCCUCCCCCUUCCCCGUCCCCUGUCCCUGGGGCCGUUUGUUAAAAAAGAGUAAUAAAAUAAUUUAAAAAAAUA